AUGUCACUCGAUGCUAGCGUACUGCCAUCGGAACUGCUGACGACGGCCGCCCCGUUGGUCGGCCUUUCUGGGCUGGACGUGCCCCGGAAUGCCAUCCACAAAUGCGUGUGGGAUGCGUUCAACAAUGCGAAGAAACCGGACAGUGAAUCGAUCCAAUACAAGCUGCUGCCCGCGAGCUAUGAGUUUCCGGUGUCGAAACCGAAGCACCAGUCCUACGAAUGGUACUCCCCCAAAGGCAUUCUCAAACGAAACUGGAUGCUGAAACAUCUACACGUCCUGCCUGCGGUGGUGGUACUGUUUCAGGACCUCGAGUGGAACGAUCCGCAAUGGACGGAAAAGCAGCUUCAGUGUGCGGCCACCAUUCAGGUGCUCAAGAACUCGCUGCAGGGAAGAAACACUCGCAUCGCAAUCGCACUGCUGCAGCGGGGCCAACACUUGGCGCAGGGCGAUGAUCUGCUGGCUUCGGAGCGAGCCGCUCAGUUGACCAGCAACUGUGAUAUCAACGCGAAAAUGUUGUUCGUACUUCCGCACAACGACCACCUGAUGGGCCACAUCUUCCGCCUCCAGUCGGCGUUCUUGGAGUUGGCUCAAUCGUACUACGCGCAGAUGAUGAAGCAGAUCCGGAUGCACCGUGAACAGCUGACCGAUGCUCACCUCUUGCUGAAGAUCCGCCAUCAGUUCAAGCUGGCGUUCAUCUCCGAGCUGAAGCUCGACCAAUCAAACGCCCUGCGGCACUACCGACAAACGUACACCUAUCUGGACGAGGUGCGCAUCGUCGACACGAACUGUCUCGAGCUGAAAACCAUUGCCGGCUUCGUGAACUACAAAAUCUGCCGGCUCUUCUUCCGCCUGAACGCCCCGAAAGAUUCCAUUUCGCACUUCAAGAACCACGUCCAAAAGUAUCGAAACCGGACCGGUUUCAAGGAGCUGCUGUUCGAACACUACGCCUGGCUGAGCGUACAGUACAGUGCCUUUGGGGAGCUGUUUUGCGAUGCGGUCAAGAACGGGCUGGCCCCGCUGCAAACGCAACACCCGGGAAUCUACUUCCACAAGGCGGCCGAAUACGUAGGGAUGCGCAAGGACUCGUUCCUGCAAUGUAUGGCCCUCGCCAAUGCGGUGCUUUCGGCGGAACUUGGGCCACCGGUUAGCAACUCGGCCUUGUACAGUGACUUUUUCGGCAUCCGUGGCACCAAAACGGGCGAGCCGGUAUCGGAACAGCAGAUCAUCGGCUUGGUGCAGGAGAACGAAAGGUCCGUCAACCACUCUACGGAGAAAAUUGCGCUGCUGGGCAAAGCAAUGGCACAGUUUAAGGUUUACAAGUGUCUUCGCUUUCGCAAGAAGCUGGCGAUCGAUAUGGCCGAGGAGUAUUUGAAGAGUGGCGAUCACGCAAAAGCCCUCACACUCUACUCACUCAUGCUGACCGACUAUCGUGUCGACAAGUGGUAUACUAUCUUCACGCAGGUGCUAUUGAAGACCCUGCACUCGGCGUACCUCUCGGCCUCGGUACCCGACUUUAUUGGCUGCAGCGUCGAGGCACUGUCCCCGCGGAUCGCCAUGGAGAAGCAAGAGCGUAUUUUAAUCCUCGAAAACCUCUGGAAAGUGUUUCACAACGUUUCGCCGGUGUCGAGCAGCCAGAAUGCCCCGGAACUAACAGCCAGCUGGCAAACGGCACUCGCGUCGUUUAGCAGCCCCAUUAAACUCGAUCUCGAUCGGCUAAACGAUCUACUUGAGUGUCGUGUGACGUUCGAAAAGCGACAAAUAAAAAACGAUGAAAAAUUGCAGCUUCGGCUCUACGUUCGCUCGAUGGUGGAAGUUCCGUUGAAGGUGCGCAAUAUUUCCCUGCUCCUGACGGACCUCAAAUCAAGCAGCGUGCGCAUCACAGCGCUACAGUACGCCGAGUACGAUGGAAGUGAAGAAAGCGACAACAGCGACGAGCACCGUCUAAAAGCCUUCGAAGAGUUCAUUCUGGAACCGGACAAGUGCUACAGGGUGGUGUUCGUUGGCGAACGGUAUCUGUUUAGCGAGAGCAUCGACGUGCAUCUGUUUCGCCUCGAAUUACAAAUGGGCUCCGACCGAACGUUCGCCGUGAUGUCGUUGCGCGAGAAGCUGAACAACAACAAACACUUUAAAUCGUACAACCCGCACGGCGACUGUAUGGAGCGGAUCGCGGUCAUCAGCUCGUGUUACAUCAUUCCGACCUUCCACCUAAGCUCCCAGACCCUUCCAACCAACCAACCGAUGCUGACGAACGAAUUCUAUCAGGUGACCACCAGUAUCGCCAACCACUCCGAUCUUUGUCUGCAAAACGUCGGUGUUGGCAUCAGCGUGCCGCAGUUGCUACGAAACAGCGUGUUUGUCACAACGGACCUCAGUCAGCCGAUGCAAAAGAUCCAUUCCCACGUUCAGAUCGACAUCGGCGAGCUGCAGAUGCAAUCGUCCACGACUGUUUCCUACUACCUAACUAGUCUGGUAGCGGGCAACAUCGAGUUGCGACAGAAAAUGUACUAUCAGAUGGAAAACUUGCACCAAAGCAAAACGGUGACUCCCGGUGUCGGUCCCUCAGUUCCAAACGGGAUCGCUGGUGGCAACGUAGCAGCAAUCGAUUCUCCCUCGACACCGAACAGCGAGAAAGAGGAUCUAGCGAAGCUACUGGCCAGCGAGAAGAGUCUGCAACGGUACGUCAACAACCACAAUGUGAAAAUCGAGUAUUUGGCCGACGAGCAGGUGCGCAAGAUCAAGGAGGAUACAGUGGUGAUACCGUGCGUGGAAGAGAUCAAGCUUACCGGUCGGUUCUACACGCUCAGCCGGGAAGCGCUCGGGCAGGCGUAUCGCAACGAGGAUUUUCUGCUCCGGCUCAACAUGGAAGUGAAAUCACCUGAUCCGAUCAACAUACUCGAAACGCAGUUCGUCAGUGAUCAUAACAUAAUGGAAAAACCAUAUAAAUGCAGUGCGAUGGUGCUAGGAACAGCGCUGCACCCGGCGAGCCGAUUCGAAGAACUGAAGCUGCUGAGCGCCAUCAAUUGUUCGCGCGAUUGGGUGUCUCAAGAGAAUUACCUAACCAACGAUACCCGGCUAGUCUUUAACCGUUCGCAAACGCCCGAUCACGGUGGGCCUAUGAUCGGAACGCCACACAGUAGCGGACAGCGGAGUGACGAGCAGUAUCAGAAGAAUUUGCUUUCAAAACUGCCGACCAACGCCACGAUAAUCGGUAGCACCAGUGCCCAGCUUACGAGUCAAAUGAACCUUUCUCUAACUCAUGCUUCCCCCCAUGCUGCCUUGGAUGCUUCUGCUUGUGCCGACGGACCACCAUCGGCGGCGGAUGGCGAUCAACCGACACCGACGGUUUUAGGCAAGGGUAUAUCGGUAACCUCCACGAUGACCACAUCAACCGGAAGCGUGGAGGAAUUCAAAGUGAGGCCAUUGCCCCUCAACGAGUCGAUUACAGGACCCUCGGGUUCGAAAGGCGCAGGACACGCGCCUGAUGACGGUGGUAAAAGUGUUACCAAAAACGUCUACAAUCACGGGUUGGACAGUGUUAAGUUGACGAACAACGACAGGAAUGGAUUCAUUAAUGCAAACUACGGACGUACGGAACACGCUGGUGACCAGUGGCCAGUUUUUGGGCUGUACUGCGUUCGAUGGUGUCGAACACGGACUCCGGUAGUGGUAAACGAAUCGAAAUUUAUUAUCAAUGGUAUUGAGGUCGUUGAUCCUCCCCUCAACCUGUACUGCUACCUGGACCAACGAAUGUACGUUCGAACGCCGAUGACUUUUCGCAUCACCUUGCGAAAUCCUACGCGCAGGAUAGUGCAUCUGCAAGCAAUAUUGAAUAGUUCGGAUAGCUUUAUGUUUGCCGGUCAUCGACAGUUUAACGUAACGAUAUUUUCCUACUCUUCGUACGAUCUGCUGUUCAAUCUAUGCCCGUUAAAGGCUGGCUGGCAGCUGCUGCCGGAGCUACAGUUAGAGUAUCAAACCUUCCAGUCCCCAAGCACAUUGGUUGCGCCCGAUGCUGGUGGAAACCCGGCCCCGGCUGCCGGGGCACAGCCACUGCCAGAGGCGGCUCUAGCCGACGACGAUGUGAUACCGGAUAGCGGUGCAGACGCGCAGCGUAAAGCCGAACUAGCCGCCCUGGUGCAACGAUGGAUUCCAAAGAUGGUGUUCAUCCACCCACCUACAAGGACACUGUGAUUGUAACGUUAAUCGCAGAAAUAUCGGGGCGAAUGGCCUCUAGGUUCCACCGGCUCGUCGACGGCGAAAGAAGGUGGCACGCGUAGGAAACGUUGGGUUGGUUUAGUAAAUUUCAGUUGAUUUAAUGCCGCUCUGAUCGGUGCGGUACGGUGGUCCAACGAGUGGUGCUUGCAGCAGAACGGUGAAAUGGUAGGGUAAUCAAUAUUGCAAUAGCGAAAAUCGUUCUCUUUGUCGUGGAUGACAAAAGUGUUUAUUGGCAGAGAUGAGCUAAGACAGAGAACUGUUUGGCUUAGGUGAACGGUGAACGCAAACCAAAAGUAAUUCAAUUUUGGCAGAAUGUAAUUUGCGGAAUUCUCUAUACGUGGAGAAAACCGAAAUCAACCGAAGAAAGGCAAUAAAAUGUUGU